AUGUCUGAGAAGGAGAAGCAAGACAUCAGCGCAGCCCACUACGAGGAGGCUGAGCCGAAUGUCCUCGAGGAGGGCAAGCCCAAGUGGAAGGCCAACAACCAGCUGGACGACGCCGCCCGUAUCCUCGCCGAGGCGGGUCACCACGAGUUCGAUGCCGCCGACAAGAAGCGCGUUCUUCGCAAGAUCGACCUCUACGUGUGCAUUCCCAUGUGUAUCAUGUACCUCUGCCAACAGCUCGACAAGUCAUCUAUGGGCUACGCAGCGGUAUUUGACCUGCAAACUGCGACGCACCUCCACGGCACGCAGUACUCAUGGCUCACCUCGGUUGUUUACCUCGCCCAGUUCUUUACCCAGCCUCUCUCGGCCUACGCUCUGAUUGCGUUCCCGGUCAAGUGGUGGAUUCUCUUCAACUUUGCGGCAUGGUCGAUCACCACCAUCUGCACCGCUGCGGCGACCAACUUCAUUGGACUGUUGAUGGCCCGCCUCUUCCUCGGCAUCUUCGAGGCUACCAUCCUUCCCUCGUUCAUCUUCAUCACGCAGAUGUGGUACACUCGCCGUGAACACGCCUACCGCACCACAGCAUACCAGUUUGCCAACUCGAUGGCCGCCAUCAUCGGUCCCCUGGUUACCUAUGGUGUUGGUCACGCCUCCACCGCCCACAUCAGGGCGUACCAGGCUAUUUUCAUCACCAUUGGCCUUAUCUCGCUCGCCUUUGUGCCAGUCGUCUACUUCCUCCUCCCCAGCUCACCCACGACUGCCCCCUUCCUUAACAGCGGCAACGACCGUCUGAUCGCCCUGGAGCGUAUCCGUGAGAACCAGACUGGUACAAAGAGCAGCAAGUGGAAGUGGAACCAGUGCCGUGAAGCCUUCUGCGACCCAAAGACCUACAUGUGGGGUCUCAUGUACUUCCUCAUGUCGGCCCCCACCGGUGGUCUCGGUUCGUUUGGCGCUCUUAUCAUCAAGGGCCUGGGCUUCUCUUCCUUCACCGCCAUCCUCAUGCAGAUGCCCACUGGUGUUCUUGGAAUGGUCUGCAUGGUGUUCUGGACAUGGGUCGUGAACAAGAUCAAGCUCCGUUGGCCGGUCGUUACCUUCUCUCUCGUAUUCCCGAUCAUCGGCGCGGCUCUUCUUACACAGUACACCAGCGCCAACAUCCCUCAAAUGAUGUUCGGAUACUACGUGAUCUUCGUUGCCACCGUUCCCCAGAUCAUGUACUCGUGGGCCAACAUUAACGCCUCGGGUAGUACCAAGCGUGUGGUUACCACUGCCAUUAUGUUCUGCUGCAUGUGCUGCGGAAACAUCAUUGGCCCUCAGGUGUACCUUGCUCGCGAGGCUCCCCACUACCACACCGGUCUCUACUUCGCCAUGGGCUGCUGGGCCCUGCACUCGAUCGUCGGUGCCCUCAUGGCCGUGUACCUCAAGGCUCUUAACCGCAAGCAGGAGGCUCGACGUGUUGCUCUCGGUCUUCCCGCCAAGCUCAAGGACAUUUCCAUCAUGGACAUGGACGAGGCCGACGCGUACCGCGCCGAGCUCUUCCAGCAGCUUCGUGAGGCCGGCGGCAUCGACUCUGAUGCGCUUUACGCCAACUCGUUUGAGGACAUGACAGACUUUGAGAACCCCAUGUUCAUUUACGUGCUGUAA